UCUUUCGAAGCCAUAUUCAGUUCAGUUCUCGCGGACAGAUCGGAGUUCAGUGUAGAGGUGUCGCGUUGAGAGUAGGCUCGAGGCAGUGGAAGAGUUUGAGUGAUUUCUGCUCGUGUUUGGGAAUCGUUCGAGGUUGAUUGAUUAGUACAAUAUGCAGAUCUUCGUGAAGACUUUGACGGGUAAGACCAUCACCCUUGAGGUGGAGAGCUCCGAUACGAUUGACAAUGUGAAGACCAAGAUACAGGACAAGGAGGGCAUCCCGCCUGACCAGCAACGACUUAUCUUCGCAGGGAAGCAAUUGGAAGACGGGCGUACGUUGGCCGACUACAACAUCCAGAAGGAAUCUACAUUGCACUUGGUGCUCCGGUUGAGAGGUGGCAUGCAGAUCUUUGUGAAAACGUUGACUGGCAAGACCAUCACCCUUGAGGUUGAGAGCUCCGAUACAAUUGACAAUGUGAAGACGAAGAUUCAGGACAAGGAAGGCAUUCCUCCGGACCAGCAGAGGCUGAUCUUCGCAGGGAAGCAAUUGGAGGACGGUCGUACCUUAGCCGACUAUAAUAUCCAGAAGGAAUCCACGCUCCACCUGGUCCUUCGAUUGAGAGGUGGUAUGUAGGUUUCUGCGCAGACAACUACCCUGAAGUUGUAUAGUUCGGACACUGUUUGCAACGUAAGAAGGAUUUAUAUUAGCCAAGCUACUCCUGAACAGCAACAUCUUUUCGUGGACGGAGUUAGAAGUCGGCCGUACUUUGGUAGAUUUCAACAUGCAUGAGGAAAUACAACUCUUGGGUAAAGAUUUGAAGAGAGGCCUGUAUUAGAAUCCUCGAUGGGCAUUGUAUUCAUCUAGACAGCGAAGUAAUGUGACUUGAAUUAUCUUAAAAAUUGUACAGCAAUAUGAUUUGACACAUUUUUAUAAAUAUUAUUACAACA